GGACACCUGCACGGGGACCGUGCCAGGAUCGACUGUGCCGACACCGGAGAUCACAGAGGAUGCCCCUCGCCGACCACCUGCUCCUCCUGCUCGUCGGACUACUGGCCCUUUCUCACGAUGGCCGAAGUCAAACCGCUGAGCACCAGCAGGAGGAUCCGGGCACAGACGAGGGCUCCCCCAUGCUCAGGAUCGCCCCGAGCAACACAGACUUUGCCCUCAGCUUCUACCACCUGGUAGCUUCCCAAAACCCCAAGGGCAAUGUCUUCUUCUCCCGCCUGAGCAUCUCCGCCGCCUACGCCAUGCUGUCCCUGGGGGCCCGUGCCGACACCUGGGCCCAGAUCCUCGAGGGCCUGGGCUUCAACCUCACCGAGGUGCCCGAGUCCGACAUCCACCGGGGCUUCCGGCACCUGCUGCGCACUCUCAACCUCCCGAAUGACAGGCUGGAGACCCGCGUGGGCAGCGCCCUGUUCCUGGGCCAGGACCUGCAGCCCCUACCCAGCUUCCUCAACGACACCACGGCCUUCUACGGGGCCAAGGUCUUUCGCCACUUCCUCGACGCGGAGGGCACAGCCCAGCUCAUCAACAGCCACGUCAGGGAGGAGACCCGAGGGAAGAUCGAAAACGUGGUCAAGAUCACCCCCGAGGUCGUGAUGGUGCUGGUGAAUUACAUUUACUUCAAAGGUCUGUGGGAAAAACCGUUCAGCCAGUCGAAGAGCUACACCCAAGACUUCCACGUGGACGAGAAGACGGUGGUCCAGGUGCCGAUGAUGUUUCAAGACAGGAACUACCACUGGUACCUUCACGAUCGGUACCUGCCCUGCUCGGUGCUCCGGAUGGACUACCACGGCCACGCCAGGGCCCUGUUCAUCCUGCCCGACAAAGGGAAAAUGAAGCAGGUGGAGGAGGUUCUGACGCCGGAGAUGCUGAGCCGCUGGAACAGCCUGCUGCAGAGGAGGUCUUUCUACAAGAAACUCGAGUUGCAUUUGCCCAAGUUCUCCAUUUCUGGCUCCUACGACUUAGACGAGAUCCUGCCGCAGCUGGGCAUCAGGGACCUGUUUUCGAGGGCGGCUAACCUCUCCGGCAUCACUACUCAACAGAACAUGCUGGUGUCCAAGAGUUUCCACAAGGCCGUCCUGGAAGUGGAUGAAGCCGGCACCCAGGCUGCGGCGGCCACCAGAGUCUCUGUCAUCUUCCUCUCCGCCGCACGCAAUCCCUACGUCCUCCGGUUCAACCGGCCCUUCUUCGUGGUGAUCUUCUCCACCAGCACCCAGAGCAUCCUCUUUCUGGGCAAGGUGGUCAACCCCACGGAGUCAUAGCCCGCCCAGAGCCGCAGGCACAGGAGCCGUGGCCGGGCGCAGCCCCGCAUGGGCUGGGGGGUGCGGAAGAUGCCGAGAGUCCAGGCAGGAGCUGUCGGUGAUGGGAGGGGUGGGGGGGGUUGGUACCAGAUGGGCGUGGACUGGACACUCCGCUCCCCAGGGCUGUGCAACCUCGGGCCCCUGGUGUGAUCUCUUUGAGCGAGUUUCCACCCUGGAGAAUAGGAGACGCCCUCCAGGGUGGUUGUGUGAAUUAAACCGAUGGCUGUGAG